AGCGUGCAUUUACAACAGGUACUUCUGGUUAAGCCAAGUUCAGUCACUGCUCUGGAUUUGGACUAAAAUGUUAUGCCCAGUAACAGCGAUAGAACAUCAACUGAGACUGCUGUAGACUCAUAGGGGCCUCUCUGCUCUGAAUGGUGAGCAGCUCCCGUUGCAGAUUGGAUCAGUCUUCAGAGCAAAGGCGAUGGCAUUUUAUCCAGUGCAAAUCGCUGGACUGGUUCUUGGGUUCUUCGGCAUGGUCGGGACCCUUGCCACAACUCUUCUGCCUCAGUGGAGAGUGUCGGCUUUUAUUGGCAGCAACAUAAUUGUCUUCGAAAGGGUCUGGGAAGGCCUCUGGAUGAACUGCGUCCGACAAGCCAAGGAUAAGUUGCAGUGCAAGGUCUAUGAUUCUCUGCUGGCCCUCCCGCCUGCCCUGGAGGCGGCCCGGGCCCUCAUGUGUGUGGCUGUGGCCCUGUCUGUGAUUGCUCUGCUUGUUGGCAUCUGUGGCAUGAAGAAGAUUCAGUGCACAGGCUCUAACCGGAGGGCAAAAGCAUACCUCGUGGGAAUUUCCGGAGUCCUCUUUAUCCUGACCGGGAUCUUUGUUCUGAUUCCGGUGUGCUGGAUGGCCAAUAACAUCAUCCGGGAUUUCUACAACCCAGCGGUCCACGUAGGUCAGAAACGAGAGCUGGGAGCUUCGCUCUUCAUCGGCUGGGCCACUACUGCGGUCCUCAUCGUCGGAGGGGGUCUGCUCUGUGGGUUCUGCUGUUGCAACCGAAAGAAUCCAAGGCACAGAUACUUAGCCCCUGGGCGUCGGGUGCCUCACGCACGUAAUCCACGCCGGACAGUGACGGGGCUCAGUAGGACUUCCACUAGUUACGUCUAACGCCUGCUUUCAGCUCGAACUGUGGAUUAUGAUCCAGGUGUUUUAUAGACGCUUGCCAGAAACUGUAAGUACGCCAGGCAGGAAGACUUGCUUUAUGACUGCUCUUAAAUUGAGAUGAGAAGUUUAAAGGGCAUAUAGACUGUAGUCACCUGUGGCAGGAAGAGAAAUGACUUACUUUGGACCUUCUAACCUCAUGUGUAUUAAAUGCAUUUACUAUUCUGGACUCAAUCUUCAGUCCAAUUUGUGUAAUCUAAUGAUACAUUCCUCUUUUUUCGCUAUCAUAUAUUAUCUGUUAAAAAGUCCAAAUUCUAUUGCUAUUGAUAUGCCAUAGCAAUAAAGCAUAUUCUAAAACAUAAACUAUUAUCAUUUCUUCAAAAUAUUUCUUUUACUAACAUGACAGCUAAAACGAUGGCUUCUUUCUUUUUUAAACAAUUAGCUGAAAAACAAUAGACAUCAAAUAAUGCUUUUAAUUGAAUUUAUCAAAAUAUGGAAAUGCUAGCUCAAUGAAAAGAUUUGUUAAUCCUUUAGGAAACUCAAAUGCAUUAACAAUUAAACAGUUUUAGGGAAAGGGAGCUUUGAUUUCUGCUAAGAUAUUUAAGAAGAUGAUUUUAAAGCCUCUAAUGUAUAUAGUUAAACUUGCUUAGAAUUAUAUAUACAAAGGAAAACAAUUUAUAAAUGAAAAAUAAUAUGCUUUCAAAACCUAUGAUGUGUACCUACAAGCAAACAGAAUUAUCUGUCUUGAUAAGAUAUAGCAAUAGAAGACUGUGAACACUCAAUUCCCAUCAAAAGUAAAUACAGCCCCGAUUAAUGAAUUAAGGUCUAGGUGUUGAAGGGAAUGGUUUCUGUUCCUUGUUUUAUUCUUUAGUCAUUGCACAGGUCUAUACACGCUAAGUAGAAUGAGGACUCAAGGUCAUGAUUCAGGCAGUUAGUCAGGCCAAAAUAAGUACCUCCUUUUUUAUUUGCAAAUAAAUAGGUAUAGAUAAAGCAUUUUGUUUUACUCGAAUUGUAUGCAUUUGUUUCUCAAUUCUUCACUUCUUAUGUAUUGAACAUGCCAAUAUUACAGGGGAGAGAUGAGUAGACAAAGUCUAUGGGGCAAAACAGAGUUUGUGGGGCAAGACCACUCCUAUGGGAUGCUCCUCCAAUAUCUUAUGAAUCAAUUAAUGUUUAUCUAUUCAAUUUUAACUUUUCAAAUAUUGUGUUUAUUUUAUAAUAAAAAUGUAUUUCAUAUACAAUACACAAUUUCAGUGAAGAGAUUAUAUUUGUUUGCCAAAUAUUUAUUUUAUGUUCAUGUUUAUUAUAACAAAAUAAUAAAGUAAAAUAGUUACAUGUUUUCAAUGA